AUGGAAUUACCAUCAACACCCCGGAUCGCUUAUCCUCUUAUUUAUUCAAUUUUAUUUUCAUCAUCCAUUAGUUUACACUUUCUUCUACUUCCAUGGGUGUCGUCAUCUUUAUUACGUCUUUGUAUUAUUGAUUUCUAUGCCACAUGUGUUCUGUUUCUUAUCGGAAAUUUUCUUUAUUCAUCAAAUAAUGUUUAUGAUAUUCAUUGGCCGUUGAUUCCAUUGGUAUCUUCCAUUUAUUUUUAUUUUUACUCGAAUUCAAGUGAAUUACCAUGGAAAAAGUUUCUUCUGUUAACUCUCCUCAUACUUUUAUGGUCAAGUCAUUUGAUAUGGCAAACAAUAACAUCAUCAUCGGAUAUCAAACAUGAAGAUUGGCGCUAUCAUAUGAUGCGUGGACAAUUUGGAAACAAUUUCCUUGUCUUUGCCUUCUUUGUUCUGCACAUAAUACCAAUGAUAGAAGUUCUGAUCGGCUCCUCAUCAAUCUAUUACAUCUUUAGUGAUACGAAUUCUCAUGAACAGUUUACCAUAGGUAGUAGUCUUUCGUUCGGUGUUAUAGCGGUCGGUGUUCUACUGGAAAACGUUGCUGAUAGACAAUUAGCAAGAUUUCGAUGUCAAAGAAAACAGUCACGCGAAUACAGAUUUGCUGUAUUGUCAAGUGGCUUGUGGAAGUAUAGUCGUCAUCCAAAUUAUCUUGGUGAAAUUUUGUUUUGGUGUGGAUUAUUCUGUUUAGGUCGAGCUUCUCACGCUCCAUGGUGGUGUGCAAUCGGACCAUUGCUGAUCACAUUAAUGAUGAUUUUUGGAUCAAUUCCAAUAAGUGAAGAACGAUUAUAUCGCAAAUAUCCGGAAUAUAAGUUCGUUCAACGACGGAUAUCCAUACUGAUUCCAACAUUUGGUUUAUUUCGAUAA